GUUGCAUCACAAUAGAUUGUUAGAACUAAGACCACGUGCGGUAUAGAUCGUUCUUUCUCAACUUUUCUAGCCAUGGAAGCACACGCCAUCGCUUGUGGGCUCAGCCCGGAUUUCGUUCGUAGGAUCCAAGAUGCCAGAAUUGAAAUCGAGGACUUACCUCUAAACCUCCAGGAAGUGUACGGUCUUUUUAGCGACUUGCCGUUUAGAGACAGACGAAUGUUGCAAGAGUGCCUAUGCCAACCACCCAAGACAACUCCACAACAGCGGGGGGAGAUGUUAGAUCUCUUGUAUUCCUCGGAUGACACGCUGCCGGUUCUAGACCUUUGCUCAGAUAAUCCAGAACAGAACUCUUCGGAAGGCAGCAAUUUCACACCACCCACACCCAUCCCAGCAAUUGACGAGCAAUUUCACCAAAGCACCUCUACACCCGCAAAACCUGAUAAUAUCGAAAUUCCAAGCUCUUCUCCUAUCCAUUACCCAAGUCCAAUUCCUACCCCCUUUCCUAUAUGCACCGAUUUUAAAAACUGCCUCAAUAGCGCACAAUCGCCCCUGAGCAAAGCCUUGUAUCUAGCCGUUAACAAGACAUAUAUAUUCCAUAUGCUAUCAAUUAAUGACAGAAAGCCAAACAGACAGGAACGACUUGGCAUAGCACAAAACCUGGGCUAG